UGUCUCUCAAUCCCCUAAAAAUGUGUAUCUUUCAAUUCUAUUAUUAGAAUCUCAGGUAAACUUGCCACCUCCAUCACUAAUUCUCCACAACAUGGAACACCCUCUUUAUCCAAAAUUAACAAAAACAAAACAAACCUGUUAUCCUAAAAACAUAAACAAGCAACAACUUGGAGAACAACAAAAAUUUCUCCGGCAGCGGCUCGUUUCUAUCCGGACCUGCCACCCUUUUCCGGCUUGGAAAUGACCGUUGUUCGCCUUCUUCUUCUUCUCUUUUUCCUCCUCAUACGGUGCAACCUCUCGUUUUCUUUAUCGGAAAAUGAGGCGCUUGUGAAAUUGAAGACGUCUUUAUCUCAUGCCGGUGCCUUAGAUGAUUGGGUUUCAGGCUCUAAUCCUUGUGCUAAAAGAUGGUCUGGUGUGAUUUGCUUCGGCGGUAUCAUUACAGGCCUCCAUCUCUCAGACUUAGGUCUCUCAGGAACAAUUGAUAUUGAGGCAUUACAACAACUUCCAGGCCUUAGAACUAUAAGUUUUGUUAACAAUUCAUUUUCAGGUCCGAUCCCUGAAUUAAAUAAACUCGGAGCCUUGAAAUCGCUCUUGCUAACACAUAACGAAUUUUCUGGUGAAAUUCCGAACGAUUUCUUUACCCCUAUGUCAUCUUUAAAGAAAGCUUGGUUCUCUGAAAAUAAUUUCACAGGUAAAAUACCAGAAUCCCUUAUGCAACUAUCACAUCUCAAAGAAUUGCACCUUGAAGGAAACCAAUUCUCUGGGAACAUUCCGCCUCUGAAACCUCACAAACUUAGUUCUCUGGACCUUUCGCACAACCUACUCGAAGGACAAAUUCCACCAAGCCUUUCUGCAUUCAGUGCCUCUUCCUUUGCAAACAAUGACAGGCUCUGUGGAAAACCACUCGACAAAGAUUGCUCGUCAAGCCCGCUACCAUCACCAGGUCAGGACGAAAACGAAGACGAAAACGAAACCCCUGGUCCUGCUUCUAAUUCUGCCGAGGGUAACAAAACCAUGAUAGGAUUCGUGGUAUUGAUUGUGAUAGCACUCCUGAUAUCCUGUACCCUCUGUAAAUCAAAUAAGAAGAUGAAGGAUGACGAAUUCAGCGGCUUAGGUAAGGAGAACAUUAAUGCAGUAGUCCUGUCUGUGCGGGGAAGUGGUUCGAGCAAGAAAUCACAGUCGCUGGAUAAUAGUAAGAAGGGCAUCGGGUCUCGAAGGGGAUCCAGUCACAACAGCAGGAAUGGCAUGACUGAUCUGAUCAUGGUUAAUGACGAAAAGGGUCAAUUCGGGUUGCCUGAUUUAAUGAAGGCAGCAGCAGAAGUGCUUGGAAGUGGUGGCCUGGGGUCUGCCUAUAAGGCCAUUAUGACGAACGGAGUAUCGGUGGUGGUAAAGAGAAUGCGAGAGAUGAAUAUAUUGGGUAGAGAUUCGUUUGAUGCUGAAAUGAGACGGUUUGGAAGAAUUAGACACAAAAACAUUUUGACUCCAUUGGCAUACCAUUUCAGAAAAGAGGAGAAGCUGUUGGUAUCAGAAUACAUGCCUAAGGGCAGUUUAUUGUAUGUCUUGCAUGGUGAUCGUGGAAUAUAUCACGCCGAGCUGAAUUGGCCAACCCGUCUGAAGAUUAUUAAAGGAGUUGCAAAUGGUUUAGGUUUUCUGCAUUCAGAAUAUUCGAACUAUAAACUUCCACACGGAAAUCUCAAGUCAAGCAAUGUUCUUCUGGAUGAAAACUAUGAGCCACUCCUUGGUGACUACGCGCUUGAUCAGCUAACCAAUCCGAGCCAUUCUGCACAAGCUAUGUUUGCUUAUAAAUCACCAGAAUACUUAACAACCCAUCAGAUUUCUCCGAAGUCCGAUGUUUACUGUUUCGGAAUCAUAAUUCUGGAAAUUAUAACCGGGAAAUUCCCUUCCCAGUAUCUUAGCAACGGGAAAGGAGGGACCGAUGUUGUGCUAUGGGUCAUCCAAGCAAUUUCUAAAGGGAGAGAGCAGGAAAUAAUUGAUCCUGAAAUAGCAAACACAACUAGCAAUAAUUCAGUUCAUCAAAUGGUACAAAUGCUUCAUAUCGGAGCAGCGUGCACUCAAAAUGAUACGACACAACGGUUAGACAUGAGGGAAGCGAUUAGGAGGAUAGAAGAAGUAAGCGUUUGAGAAAUUGAUCGAUACGAUUAUAGGUUAAAUUCAAGUUGCUUUUUAGGCAAGCAAGACAAUACAAAAUAGGUUGUUCAUCUUCCAAGUCCAUGUCUUCAUUUAAAAUUUUAAAAAUCAAGAUCGAAUACAGAAAAAACAUCGGUAUUGAGUGAUCGAUGUUUUGCUUCCGCACAGCGUUUCAGAAGAGGAGUCGCAAUCUGCAUUUUCUUGAACAAGGGAAAUUAUGAAAUAUGAACGGCUUGAAGGUGAACAAUUUCUGAGAAAAUGUACAUUAAAAAAACUAUGAACUUCUUAAUACAAAUUGGUCUGGGAGAUACGGUUGAUGGAUAGGAGGGGAAAACUAGUCUCUGAGUACCAUAAUGGUUAAUGUUUUGUUUUUGUUGUUUAGAAUUUUUUGUUUGGUUCAAGCUAGUUUUUUGAUGCUGUGUUAGUACACAUUCUUUCUUAAAAUUUUGUCAAAAGUGUUACAAAAGCUGAAUGAAAAUGCUGUGCAGCUUCAAGAUUA